UUCACACUUAGCAUAGUUCUAUGUGAGCGGAACACCGACAAGUGCCUCUUCUAUCGGACAUACAGGAACCACAGCUUCAGAUCAACACGAACGUCAAUAGAUCCAUCUCAUGAGGCUGGCCUAAAGAAUGAUUAAAGCAAACUGGGCGCUGAUUGGCUGCCUGGGCCUGGUCCUGGCAGUAACUCUUCAGCUGGGUGCGUCAUUAGACACCAUCGUGGAACAAAGCGCACCCAACUACUCCACGCCCCUCAACGGCAACUGCUCCAAGAACCAGUUCCUCUACUGCGACCUGGAGGCCAUCUGUACUGAGCUGAUCAACAACCAGUCGUACUGCAAAUGUCCGGAACCGAACACUGGAGACGGUCUCAAAAACGGUACCGGCUGUGGAAAAAUUAUCUACAACUGCCAUGACAACACGGGGUGCCACCCAUACGCCAACUGUGACAACCGGACCUGCAAGUGCAAGGACGGCUACAAGGGGAAUGGCAACACCUGCAACGACAUUGACGAAUGCGACAUAGAGAACCCGUGUCCCAAAUAUUCCUUAUGUCACAACGCGCCUGGCUCCUACAACUGUACGUGUUUGCCGAAGUUCGAGCGUGUCGGGGAUGAGUGCAUCUUCAAAUGUCGCGUCAACCGUGACUGCCACGCUAACGGCAUAUGCGAGAACCAGGAGUGUAAGUGUCAGCCAGGCUAUGCUGGGGACGGCGUCGGAUCCUGUGACAACAUCGACGAGUGCACGGAUGGGUUGUUUGAGUGUUCCCCGGACGGCAACUGUCAAGACACGGAGGGUGACUACACCUGCGUCUGCAAAGACGGCUUCAGCGGGGACGGCAAAUUAUGCGAACGUUUGCCAACAAGCUGCGACGAAAUCUUCCGAAACGCCUCCUCGUCCCCGUCUGGAAAGUACACAAUCGACACCGACGGCACUGGGCCCGUCAAACCCGUUGAGGUGAACUGUGACAUGCGCAAAGACAUGGGUAUCACGGUGAUCUUCCCUAAAGACGAGAAUGUCCAGAAGUCCAAAGGAACUGGCGAAGAUCUCCUUGUGCCCUACAUCGCUACACCAGACCAGAUAAAGCCUCUAGUGGAAGGCUCUCAUUUCUGUUCUCAGGAAUUCUGGAUAAAGUGUGCUUCAUACUAUGACCUUGCGGCCCAUGUCACCUGGGUAAACGAUAACAACAACACACGCACAGGCUGGGGAACGUCGCACCAGGAUACGUGUGCGUGCGGCGUACUCGGAGUGUGUAGAGAUCCUAAAAGUGUCUGCAACUGUGACGGCAAAAACCCCUCCCGAACAAUCGAUACCGGCAUCAUCGUGGACAAGUCCGAGCUCCCGGCUGUACAUGUGAAGUUUGACAACAACGGCCGAAUUGUAGACUGGACAGUUGGCCCCCUAAAGUGCGGACCUAAACCAAUAGAUAUCCUCAAGAACUGCCACGAGAUAAAGCAGAAACUGAAGGUGAAGCUGAAUGGUCCACAGCUGAUUGACGUGGACGGCCCCGACGGCCCCCUCGACCCCAUCCUGGUGUACUGCGACAUGGAAUCUUACCCCAGCCUGGGGGUCACGGUGAUACCCCACGAAGGGAAGGACGUCGUUGAGUUCACGGAGACCGGGUCAAAGCCAGUCAACUACGUUGUGCCCCUCCCGGCCGUGGAGGCACUGGUCAAGGGUUCCGUCCACUGCGACCAGACUUUCUCCUAUGAAUGCCAGAGCGGUAAACAGGAUGUGAAGGUUGCAGUUGGUCAAGAUGCCCGCCCCCUCACCUACCUCCCCGGGGGUAUUCCCGAGGUAGACGGGUCAUGUGGGUGUGGUGUGACGGACACAUGUGACGAGCGUGGCGCCGGCUGUAACUGUGCUAUAGACGACGGAAAGACAAGGAAGGACAUCGGGGUCCAGAUCGACAGGAACGAUCUCCCAAUCGUGUCCAUCAACGUGUCAUUCGAUGGACAGAAGAAAGGAGUGUCUUUCGUUGGACCAAUCCGCUGCAGCAAUGAACAGUUUGGAAUCGAGGCCAACUGUGAGAAGUACAGGUCGCUGGGUAAAGCAGACAGCUACACAUAUCUGAUUGAUCCUGAUGGUCCCCCUACAGACGGAAAUGGUGGAGCCUACAGGCGACGGAGACGGAGGGCCCGUCUAAGCAAGAUCGCCAACGUUGCUCCCUUCCGGGCUCAAUGCGUGAUGCAGUCCGAGCCCCCGAUGGGCAUCACCAUCAUCCAGCACGACGUCAGGGACACGGUCCGAUUCGACAGCAGCAAGCUUGCCCUUUCACUGAACUACAGGUUCGUGACCAAGAACCAGCUGAUGGCCUUGAAGACAAGGUGCACGUACGUCCAGCAACACAUGAAACUCAGCUGCAACAAGUUCCAGCUCCAUCCGACGGGACAAAAUGGGCGCCGCUUCAGACGUCAGUUCGCCACAUGGACGGCUCUGAUCAACAACUUCAAGUACACCUACUGGUCCGGGAACGGUACACACAAGAACUGUGUGGGUGCUGGAGGCGAGGAUGUUUGCCAGUGUGACAGCUCGGAGACGUCUACCAUUUCACUUGUUGAUGAAGGAGAUUUAACCAGCAAGAAUGCAGUGCCAGUGGGAAAGGUCGACUUCUCUAAAGCCAACAAUGACGGAAAUGGUUACGUGGAUAUGGAGCUGGGGCCGUUUAAGUGUUUCGAGGUGUUCAAAACAUGCACGGAUGUGUACAGCACUGCGAGAAACAGGAUUAAGUUUGGAGAAAGUCUUCCAGAAAACGGCCGCUUCACAAUCGACCCCGACGGCAGCGGCGGAGUGGAUGCCUUCCAAGUCGAUUGCAACUUUCCCCGGACUGUUCUACCAGCAACCCCAGGCGGCGAUACGUUGGAAAGCACAAGUGGCAAUCCGGUUGAGCAGUGUUUUGACAUUAACUACCUGGACGGCAAUGGGAAAAACCUAGCUCCAGAACAAGUUGUGCAACUUGUUAAAGCGUCGAAAGGAAGAUGCAACCAGAAGUUGACCCUCAAGUGCACAAACGCCCCAAUCAGCGAUCUCAUCUCAUACGAGACAUGCGACGGAGUGAAACAGCCAGGUUGGGCCGGAAGUGGCGGUGUAGACACAUGCGCGUGCGGCGUAACGGGCACGUGCGACGGCGGCCGCUCCGCCAAAUGUAACUGCGACACCGAGGACGGCAAGCAGCGGGAGGACGGCGCUAUCAUCGUGGACAACUCACGUCUCCCUGUGUGCAAGGUGUGCAUCAAGUUGAACGGCACCCUCACAGAUCCUGCCAACCCCAACCCCAGCCGCUCCGCCGCCUUCACGGUCUCCAACCUCGUGUGCAGCAACGCUGUGUCGGGUGUCCGCGCUAACUGCCAGGAUGCACGAACCAGCUCCUUCGUGAGUUCAUCGCAAACCAUUUACGUCAGGGCCUCCCCUCGCCCCGUGCCAGUCUUCUGUGACUACAGGGCCUUCCCGCCUGCAGGCGUCUUUCAAAUGUUUCCCAAGGAACAAAAUAUCACAAUCCCCCCCAACGAACCGGUCGACAAAGUUGUAGAGUACUAUUCCUACAACCUGAAGGAGAUGUUUCCUCUUAUCGACAAGUUCGAGUACUGCACCCAGAAGAUUGAGAUGUCCUGCCAAGACGCCGCCCUCCGUGUUGAGGGAGAGUUCGGCUGGUAUAACCGCGAAGGUGUCGUACAGCCAUACUGGGUGGAGCCUCUCAAAGAUGGCGUCCCCUGCCAGGGCAACAACGGGCUGUGCAACUGUAACCUGCCCGGGAGUCAGAAGGAUGGAGGCCUCAUCAUUGACCAGUCUGCCCUCCCCGUCACCCGCAUCAAGUUCCAGGCCUCCUCAGGGACCAGGAACGUCUUCAUGGGACCCGUUGAGUGUUAUGACAUCAAAAAGGACUGCUAUGAAAUCAUGAUAAGUCGCAACAAGCGCACCGUCUUUUGGAGGAACAGCACCUACGUGAUCGACCCCGACGGUCCAGGCGGCGUCGACCCCUUCAUCGCAGUGUGCAAGUUUGAUGAAUCGAAUGACAACGCCAUUACAAUGGCUUACCCCAUUGAUGGUGGUCCAAAGACAGUGACAGGAACGGGCAGUAAAGACUUUGAGAUCCCGCUCAGCUACCCUGGGGCCACACCAGAACAACUCAAUGAGCUGGCCAAACACUCCAAGUUCUGUAUGCAGGGAGUGCUCUACGAGUGUAAGGAGUCUCCGAUCGGAUCACUAAAAUUAGCAGAUGGGGACACCUCCCCUGGUUUUGGAUUGGCUGAUGAUAUAACGACAAAGGGCUGUCCUUGCGGUAAGCUGGGUACAUGCGGCACGAACAACACAUGUCGCUGUGACAACAAGGGACCAAUGGGAGACUUCGACAGAGGCGUCAUUACCGCAAAGGACGAGCUCCCGAUCGUGUCUGCUUCGUUUGGUGGACAGACCUCUCCGAACGCUGUAGGCAAAGCCACCAUUACGUCACUCAACUGUUCCAGAGUUCCGGACGGUCUGCCAAAGAACUGCCAGGAAGCAGCGGAGAUGGGGAUGACAAGCAGUGAAAUCCUAAUCUACCCCUCUAGCGCCAUCCCUCCCUUCCUCGUCUACUGCGACAUGAACCUCGUCCCCGGACAAGGUAUUGCUAGGGUGAAGCCAGUGGACGACCCGGAUAAGCCCGUAAACAGCCCAAAUGGUACGACAGACGUCCCAUACAAAGGUUUGACCGAUGAGCAAAUUAGGAUUCUGAUCGAGACUUCCACAAAUUGCUACCAGCCUGUCCUCGUGGAUUGCUUCAAGACAGGGUUUAUCAAGGAUGGCUCCUUCUCCUGGAAGGGGUUGGACGGUCAGAUCAAGAGGUACUGGGGGAGCGGCAAGGACAGCAGCCAGACCUGCUCCUGUGGGGACGACGGAAUGUGCGGCGGAGUCGGCGGCAAGGACGACAUGCAACAGAGGAAGUGCAACUGUGAGAUUGGCGAUGACGUGUGGAGGAAAGAUGGCGGCGUGCUCAGCGUGAAGGCGGACCUCCCCAUCAGGAGUUACACUUACACCACCCCCGGCAGUAACGGCGCCCAGGCCAACAUGACCAUCGGUGACUUGUACUGCGGCAUGCAGGAGAUCGACCUUCCUGUGUGCAACAUGGACUUCGACGACUGUGCUGAUGAGGCGGAGUGUGAGAACAGGCGGGUCAGCAAGUUCAACUGCCACUGUAAGCAAGGCUACCAGGGCCUUAUCAGGGGCCAGGGCAUCAACGACGUGUGGGCCAACGGCAGAGAGUGUUUCGAUGACGACGAGUGUUCCUACCUGAGAUGUGCCUACAGCGCUGUGUGUCUCAACUACCCCGGGGAUUUCAACUGUACCUGCAAGGAGGGGUACAGGAAGACUGGGAAGACAUCGUGCGAAGACAUUAACGAGUGUACCGAGGGAACUGCUGACUGUGAUCCGGACGCCAAGUGUGAGAACCUGGAUGGGACGUUUGCGUGCAAGUGUAAGAGAGGCUUCGUCGGGGACGGCAAGACCUGUGAUGCUCAAGGCCAAUGCGUGUGUUUCGGCGAUCCCCAUUGCCUGUCGUUUGACCAGAAGUGGCUGGACUACAUGGGUCUCUGUGAGUACACCAUGGGCCGGGACAACUGUGAUGGCGGGACACCGACCUUCGAGGUCAUCAUGAAUUCUUGGGACAAGGGUCUGAGAGUGGAGCAUGCCGCCUGGGUAAAGGGGAUCACUGUCAAGUACAAGAGCACUCUGAUCGAAAUGCGGCAGAAUCGGGAGAUCCGUGUGAACGGACAGAUCAAAGCCGGCUACAACGGGAACGGCUUCUCGGUCAUCGACACCGGCAGGGAAGUGAUUUUCAGCAGCAACAUCAACCUGACCGUGACCUGGGAUGGCAGGGACAAGGUGCAGAUCUUCGUGGACAAGAAGUUCCAGAAGAACGUGUGUGGCAUCUGCGGCAACUACAACAACGAUGACAAGGACGACUGGACGAUUGGACCAGGGUGCCCAAAUGCAGGCCAGAUCACAACCAACAAUAACCAGUUCGGCACCUCGUGGGCGUCGAGUGCGUCAGUGCUGCAGAGUCCCGGGUGCAAGCGAGACUGUGAUGAGCCUCCGUCCAUGAACCCCGUGUGCGGCAUGAGCCAACAGAUGGCCGCCAUGAUGUGUGGCUACCUCCUAGGACUCCAGACAUCUGUCUUCAAGGACUGCAUCCCCAAGAUCAGCUCCACCAUCAUGGAGGGACUGUACAGAGGCUGCAACAUCGACAUGUGCAGCUCCCCCCAGACCGCCAUGGACAACAUGUGCGCCACCGCGGGGAGGGUAGCGGACGAGUGCCGAGCUAUUGGAGAACAGAUCCCAGUAUGGAGGAACGCCAAUGGCCUCCGGUGUGGGGAGUCCUGUGGCGUGAACAUGGUGUACAGCGUGUGUGGCGGCAUGGCCGACACCGACCCAGGUCCGGUACAGACAUGUCUGGGGCUGCUGACCAACACCACUGAAGUCCCCGCGUCGUCGUGCCUCGACGGCUGCUUCUGCAAUGACGGCUACUACAAGGACCAAGACCGCUGCGUUCCCGCGGAUGAGUGCGGCUGCAUCUACGAGGAGGGCGACUCUGUCACCUACAUGAAGGCUGGGGAGACGGUCGUCAGUGACGGGUGUGGAGCGUACAGAAUCUGCAAUGAGGGUAACGUGUUCAAUAACAAGUCUCUCGUGUGUGACCCGAACGCCAUCUGUGACCUUGACCUGGAACAAGGCGUCUACGGUUGCCACUGCAAAGACGGAUUCAUGGGCGAUGGCGAGAAAUGCGAAGAGGACCCGUGUUACAAAGUCAACUGCAGCAAAAACCAGGAGUGUAAGGAGGGCAAGUGUGUCUGCAAGAUGGGAUACACAGCUGACUGCGAGACGUGUGUGGAUGUGGACGAGUGUGCCACGAGGACGCACAACUGCACCAAGCCAGGUCAGGACUGCAGGAACAUCGACGGUGGGGCGGAGUGCAUCUGCAAGGAGGGGUACUACGGCGUGGAGGACUUCUGUCUCGAUUUUGACGAGUGCGCUACAGGAAAGGACAACUGCCCUCCUAACUCCGAGUGCAAGAACACAAGGGGCGGGUUUGAAUGUGUGUGUUGUGGCGGCUUCAAGAAGCAAGGACUACAGUGUGUCAGCGACGGCUCCGGUUUUGAGAAUGUUGGCAAUGGAACCAUAUGUUGUUCAUGCUUCGGAGAGUCGUGCAGCAACCCAGGAAAGGUUUGUGGCACUGACGGGAAGACAUAUAACUCGGAGAAGGAGCUGGUGAUCAAGGCCUGCAAGAACCAGAACUUCGUGGAGAAAUCCUAUGAUGGUCCAUGCAAAGAUGACUGCGCCAGCACAGAGUGUGAGCUGCCCAGCCAGGUGUGUGUGGUGGAGAACGGCAAGGCGAAGUGUCAGUGCCCCCUGUGCACGGAGUCGGAGUCGAAUGUUACUAUAGAGUCUGUGUGCUCCUCCACCCACCUGAUGUUCAAGAGCAGGUGUGACUUCGAGAAGUACACGUGCGGCCUCGGCAACUCGGAGAUCACCGUCGUCUCCACCGGCAAGGCAUGUGAAGGAUCUGGAGCAGGUUAUCCUAUGGCACAGUGGGGGCCAUGGGGACCCUGCAGUGUUACAUGUGGUACUGGGUACGAAUCCAGAACACGUGUUCCCCUUGGCAACGCUUUAGACUCCAAUGGCAACCCGCUGAAGGAGACUGCAAUCGCCUUAUGCUACAGAACAUGCCCAGAAGGCCCCUGCACUGCCUCCACGUGUCCCAAGGGUCAGGUGUGUGUUUCAAACAACGAGACCUCUGCAACUGACUGUACCUGCAAGAAGUGUGACAACCGCGGGUACGACCCUGUGUGCGGCCGCGUUGGCAACUUCGUCAAGACCUACGUCAACCUGUGCGAGCUGGAGAAGGACGCAUGUGUGAAGAGCCUGCCCAUGACAUUGGUACAAGACUUCGCUUGUGAAGAAAAGCCGCUCAACUGCUCCAAGAUGGCAGCGUGGGGAUCGAGGAAGGAUGACAAGGGGUGCGAGUCUAUCUUCAUGGAUUAUGGUCAGUGCGGAGGGGGCUGCGGCAAGGUGGCGACCAUGUGCUGUACGCCCACAGUGGAGCAACAGUCUAUACAAGUCAAGUGUGUCGGACAACUAGCCUACAAUACCACUAUGGAUGUUAUAACUAGCUGUCACUGCGAGCCUACCAACAAACCAGGCGGCCAGUCGACAACUCUGCCACCUUUUUAGAUUGUUAGCCUUCCUUACUCUGGAUGGAGGCUGUAGAUAGGUUACAACCCGCUACACCACGUCCUACAGUGUGAUGCUAACCGGUUCUAAGAUGAUUUGUAAAUAAGGGAUUAUUGUUUGAUGAUGUCACUGUUUAAUUAUAUGGCGAGUUACUUAUUUUGAAAUAUUAUGUAUGUUAAAAAAUGAAUAUUUACAGCUUUCUGAUGUCAACAGUAUCAUAUGUAAGUUUGCCGAGUCGGCAGAAUGUGCAAUAUUUGGGAUACGGGUCUAUUUAUUCUGCCCUGGAUGCUAAAUUGUUCACAGAUACCAGUUCUGUCUUCCAAUACUAUUAUCAACAGUGGUACGUUAUCCUGUGAUCUUCUAUUCAGGGAGAAAUAAAAAAUAUAGUUUGACUAAACUGUUUCCUGUUAAUUUGUAUUUUUGUCUAUUUACAGACUUCAUCCGGUGAAUAAAAAUGCAAUAUGG